UUUUUGGAGGUCCGGACGCGUUUGUUGUUGAGGUAGACGCUUCCGGUGCAGAGGUGGGAGGUCAGGAGAGGCAGCCUGACUGCCUGGGAUGGUGCCGAGUGAGGGAACUGUGUCUGAGGUUGGGGCCACGGGCGAGCCGAAGCCUGCGCAGCAAUGAAAGUGGGAGCGCUGGCCGGACGGGGCUGGGCCACUAGGAGUUUGGUGCAGCAGCGGCCUGAAUGUGAAGGCGACCUAAUGCAGAAGUGACGCCGAAUCGGAAGAUGUGAAAAUGGAAGGGAUCCUGUACAAGUGGACCAAUUAUUUAACGGGUUGGCAGCCUCGUUGGUUCAUACUGGAUAAUGGCAUACUUUCCUAUUAUGAUUCUCAGGAUGAUGUUAACAAAGGCAGCAAAGGAAGUAUCAAAAUGGCUGUAUGCGAAAUUAAAGUACAUCCAACAGACAGCACACGAAUGGAGCUGAUUAUUCCUGGAGAGCAGCAUUUCUAUGUGAAAUCAGUCAAUGCUGCUGAAAGGCAGAGAUGGUUGGUGGCACUGGGGAGUUCAAAAGCAUGUCUGACAGAUACCAGGACUAAAAAGGAAAAAGAAAUCAGUGAAACUAAUGAGUCUCUCAAAACUAAGAUGUCAGAACUUCGGUUGUACUGUGACUUAUUGAUGCAGCAAGUUCAUACAAUACAAGAGUCUGUCAAUCAAGACCAGCCAAGUUUCUCAUCCUCUGCUGAGAACAUGAAUGAAGCCUCAUCCUUGCUCAGUGCCACUUGCAAUACCUUCAUUACAACUCUUGAUGAGUGUAUGAAAAUAGCCAAUGCCAAGUUUAAGCCAGAAAUGUUCCAGUUUUCUCUCACUGAUCCACUUGUCUCUCCUGUAUCACCUUCACCUGUUCAGAUGGUUCGGAUGAAACGAUCGAUUAGUCAUCCUGGUACCAUUCUUUAUGAUGGGAAGCUGAACACUAAUCACCAAAAGGAAGUGAUUAUUGUGACACCGCAUGGGGAAGAACACAGGAGAAUAUGGGCAUAUGCAGCUGCUGAAUCAUACAACGAUAGUGCUCUGGAACAUGCAGAAAAGGCUGCUCCGAUUCCUUGCAAUUCCUUACUGACUGCAAAUGGUGAAUUCCCUCCAAUGGCCAUCCCAGAAGAAAAUAAUGCAAACUCAAGGAAUAAAUUCUCUGAGACAGAAAGUCCUUUUGUUGCACUUUCAAGUUGAAAACCUGAAUUAACAAGGAUUGAGAAAAUGGUCACUCCACUAAUAUUGCUAUGCAGUUACUGCUGGCAUUUAGAAAUUCCAAUAAAGUGAAGUGGAUCUGUAAUUUCCCAGUUAAAUGACUUUCUCUGCACUUUAUUACAUAAAAUCAGAAAACUUGACUAGCUUACCUAAUCUUAUAUAUUUUCAGCAAAUUGCAACUGUAUUUUCUACACUAUAUUGUGGAAUGUGUUGUUUUUUGAUGGUCUGGUCUAGAGCUUGUCCAUACAUAGCAAGGUGUCAUUAAAAGUUAGUUGCAACAGUGAAACUUGAUUGCAAAAAUAAGGAUGUAGCAUGUGACUGAACACAGCAGUGAUAGAGGUGUAUACUUCUGUGACUGUUGCCAGGACAGAUUUGAUACCAUGAAUUGAAUCCUUGGGGUUGUACAUGUCCAUUGUUUGCACCUAUCCACCAGGGGGAAUGUGCAUUCUGGAGGAAUUGCUGUUAAAUGUUGAUCUUUGUUUAGACCUUUUAUUUAAUUUUGGUGUUUGUACAUUUUGAAUGGAAUCUUUGUUACGUACGUCAGUGCUGUACACUGUCUUAGGAUGAGGUUUGGAUUUUGCUUCAUCUUUUCUAGUAGCAGCCAAUUAGUACUGGUUAUACCAGAACUCAAAUACUUGUAGAAACAGCUUCUGGAACACACCAUGGUUUAAACGAAUGUGUUCUGCACUAUUAUAAAAUCUUUUGUAAAAGAGACACGAGUAAAUUCUUCCCGAUUUGAAGUGUAUGCAAUUUAAUGGAGAUGGUGAACAUAGUGUAUUUUAUAUCCAAUAAAAAUAGAUUAGUGAAAGAUAGUGGAGACCCAGAAAUAAAUUGUUGCUAGCAAAAACAUAGAUAUAAUCUUUAUAUGGUCAUCUCCAACUGAGGUAAAUGGUAGAGCUUUUAUUUGAAAUUAACGUACUUAGGAUAACGUAUUUAUCUGAGAUGGAAGGUAAAGUGUUAUUUUCCAGUGGUCAAAAGGAGUUAUAAUUCAUAACUAUUUUCCUUCUAACUGCUUCCUUCCCUUAACCAGUUGUUUCCUGCCAAUUUGCAGAGAUUUAACUGGUUGUGCAAAUAAAAGCUUUCAAAGUUCUUGGGUUUCUUUAUUUGUUACGCCUUUUUUAAGCGGAGAGGACUUAGAUAUUUCGAAAGAGUGAAAUGUAACUCUCUCCAAAAUGUCUAGACUAAGUGCAUUUAAAUUAGAAGAAAAUGUAGUUUAAGAGGGUAUUUUGACUAAAUUUCUCCAAGAAUGGAUUUUUAAAAAAAAAUUUUAGGACGCCAGUUCAUCUACCAAGCAGUUAGCCAAAAAAUAUUUUUUUAGUUUAUGAAACCUCUUCUGUCUGUUACUUCAGUUGCUUUAUAUAUACCGAUCAGUUUUGUUUAAUAGUAUAGUUUAUUCUGCACAUCUGUCUCCUCUGAUAUGAAAAAUGCCAUUACAAAAGAGAGGGGAGAAAUUACUUAUUUUAGCAAAUGUGAGGAAAAAAUUGUGUACAUAUUCUUUGUUCUGCUGCAUAUUAAACUAAAGUUCAGAUUAAUAGCACUCUAGUCUUUUGAAAUCACGUCUUUCCUCCUUGCCAUAGGUUUAAAUUAUCAAAGUAUUUGAAGCUCUGAUGUGUAUAUUUUACCUAAUGAUUGACAACCAAUUUGAAUAAAAUAACCUUAUGAGCAAUAUGUAAAAACUCCAUUUCAAGCAUGUUAGCACUAUCUAAGAGUAACAUAUCAUUGAUGCCAUAACUCUUUGUGCAAAGUAGAGCACUUUAAUCUCCAAAACCCUGUAGCAAAGUCCAGAAAUUGCCUAAUCUUGGUUCAUUAACCAACUCCAGCUUUUAAAGGUCAAGAAAGUAUUAAGCAAGUAAAAAUAUUAGCUUUACAUGUAUCAAUAAACAAUGGAGCUGAUAGAAUCAACUGGUUCGAUAUGGAUGUAAAUUGUUAACCAUGCCAUCAUUUUGUGCUGUGUAUGUUUUUUCAUGAAUAUUAAAUGCUGUGAAUAUUAAGAGUUUGCAUGCAAAAUUCUAUUGUUAAAGGAACAAAAUUUUAUAUCCAGUAUCUUUGCAAAGACAUCAAUUUGGGUAUUUAUGCAUAAAAUACAUGAUUUUGCAGAUUUGCCAAUAAUUUAGUGACUUUAUUCAGUGAAAAACUGAGUCUCAUGUCAAGAUCUCUGUCUUGUGUUAAGUUAACUGGUCUCCUGCUGAAGCAACAAAUUAGGGCAAUACAAUUGAGCUUGGUAUCCUGAGUUGCAGAAGGGGAAAAUUAAUCAGUAUGUCAAUUAUCAACUGCUACGACCUUGCCUCUCCUGUUAGCAGACAUAGGAAAUGUGGGUGAAGAUGGAAUCCAGCUCAAUUCUGAUACCUCUCUCCCACUGCCCAACUCAUUUUUUUCCCCAAAUCUCAUGGUUAAAUAGCCUGUUAGUAUUGAUUGUUUUAGCUCAUGUGUAAAUAAUGGCCGCUUGGACAAGGUAUUUGAUUGAACCCAAAGCUCAUCAUCAGAAAGGGAGGGAAGAAAGUGGAUGAGGAAGAAAGUUCACAUUUAUUUGCAUCUUAAAAGAUGUAGCCCUAAGUUUUAUUAGUGACAUUUUCCACUAUUAAAACUUAGAAUACUAGAAAAAUUACCACACGUUUUGAAUCUUGAUGCUUUUCAGUAAUAUAGUUUAACAGUUUAAAGUUCAAUACAUAGAUUUGAAGGUAAGAGAACUUCAAAAGGAAAGAUUUGUGUAAUACACUAUAGAGUAGGCAUUUUGAAGUGUUAUAAUCCUAAUAACUGGGUAAUGCUGAGCCAUUAAGAUCUCAACAUGGUUGAUUUUUUGAUGUUAACGUGUACAAUUUUAAUUUUGCCUAAAGUGAAUGUAAAAUAGCUUUCAGGAGACGGAGAAUAAUUUUGCCAUGUCAGUGUAACCAUUAGGAUGUGCUGGUCCAGCAUGACAUGGUUUUAAUUGCUGAUCACUAUCUGCUAUUUUCAGUGACACUUCUUCAUAUAAAGAAAUUAAACUUUUAUGAAAAUACUUUUGAUCAAACUUGAAAUUUCAUUUGCAUUGAGAAAAUCAGGAGGGAAAACACAUCCUUUUCAGGGAGGAAUACUCAAAGUUGUUGCUCUGCUGAGUGGAGGUGAUUGAAUAUUACAAAACUCUACUGUAAUAUAUUCAUAUAUCUGUUGUGACAAUCAAUUAUGCUAAUUGUAAUUAAUCAACAGAUUAGAUCUUUUACAUGUUAAUAGAAUUUGAAGAGAAUUAACAGGAAGGAUAGUGACAUUAAAUGCUAUUAUAGUAUGAACUAAAUUUGACUCUAAUGUUUAUUUAAAGCUAGAUGACUUAUGUGGGGGAGGGUAAUAUUAGUAUACUGAUUUGCUAGUCACCUUUUCGGUAAUAUUGAUAAGACAGUGGUGAGAUUUAUAUAAUCGAAAUAAAUAUUUCAAUUCUCAUUAACAAUUGAGCUUCUUUGUAGAAUCUUAUAAAAUAAUUUGCUAAUAUUGAUAGAAAUAUUUGUUACUAUCUACACAACAAAAUAUUGAAUCCCGGAUUACUGAGCAAGCAAAUAUAGUAGAACAGUUCUAUCAGUAAAGCAUAUAUAGCUAUUGUCUUUCUUAAGAAACUUCUCCAAUAUAGUCACAGCAUCUAUAAAUGAGAAUAUUUGUCUUGAUAAAUUUUUUGCCCAAGCCGCCUAUGUACACCUUCCAAAACAACUCAUCAUAUUGACUAAAUGUAAUCAAUUACCGGCACAAAUGGCAUACUUUUACCUCUUACAUCAACAUGUAAUUUGUAAUUAUUUUAAACAGUUUAGGAAAUUUUCCUUCACCAACUCUUGAGGAUAUACCAGUGCCAAAUUCCACCUCUAUAAUUUGCUAAGCCAAAUUUGACCCUCCAUUUUUGAAGAGUGCCGUUCCAGACCGCAUUCAAAUUUUGCAUAUAUAUUGAAACCAUGCAUAGAUAUAAUAUUUAACUAGACUGUAAAACAGAUCUUAAGUGCAUUUAAAUUCCUUUAGUCCCCAUGCUGACUUAAAGGAUGGGAUACUGAGGAUACAUUGUGAGAGAUAAGAUGAUCCUGUUCUUCAACUCAACACUGAAAUUUUGAUAUUUAGGAAAUCAGUAUAUUCAACUAUAGCAAUAACAGGAAACAAAAGAUUAAAACAUGAAAACAUUUUGGUGUCUCUAAACUAUUUUCUGAAGUCUGAGAAAAUACUGGAUAGUUAUUUUUAAGAUUGUCACAAACAUUUAAGUAUUACUCUUUAAUGUAUUCCUGUUUUGAUUCAAGUCCAUUAAUUGUUACAACCAAAAAUCUGUGAAUCUUUUGUUGAAAGAAGGCAUCUGACUAUCUUACAACAGAAUGCAGAACGGCUUAAAAGUACUUUAAAUUGAGAAAUUUAUAUCAUGUUAAGUGGUUACCUUUAAACACUGCAGCUCCAUUCAGUGACCAAUUGAGACCUGUGCCAACAAGCCAAUGCUUUUAAUUUUCAGAAGUACUAAAAAAAGUAUCAGAUGUAGGUGUUAAAGAUGAGGUACCUACUUGUAGGAUUGUAACUUUUCAAGUUUGGAUAUAUGAUGCAUUGUUCAAUUGUAAUUAACUUUUUUUGUAGUUCUAAUUUCUUUCUAAAUAAAAUCAAGCAAAUUCUGCUUUGUUUAACCAAUUGGACCAAAAACUACAUUCAGGUGUAUUAGUUUUUAUAACUAAAGAAAAUAUAACUGGGUUAUAUGUAUAGACACUGAGGGAAUACUUUAACAUGAGAUUCUUUGUAUACUUUAUUGAAAGUUUUAAUUGUCCACAACACUGAAAACAUGAUCUUGUAAGAAUAAAAACUUGCUAUUGCUA